GCUACAUUGUUAAUUUUUGUUUGAUUUGUAGGUUUUGCAAACAUUCGACUUCAAUAAAAAGCAUACAAAAGUUUCAAUGAAACCUCUUCAAUUUACCUGUAUAUUGCGUUUAUCCAAAUCUCAGAUGCAAGAAAACGGUUUCAAAGACACUCUAAUUGAAUCAAUUUAUGCACAACUACUGGAGUACUUGUCCUGUCAAUCCCACUCAAUAGCUUUUCCUGAUUUAAGUCUAUUUUGCGUUAUGCAGAUAAAGAAAUUUUUAAAGGUUUGUCAUGUUACAAAUUACUGUAAAAAAAUGCGACAGAUUCUCGAGAAAAUUCAACAGACAAAUGCUUUCAUCGAAAAAGAACGUAAAAGUCUAUCGGUUUCUCUAACCGACUCGAAACAAAUAGAAGCUUGGCAGACACUGACUAAGAAUAAAGGAACUCCACUAACGACUUACUAUGAUGAAUGGAAUAAAAUUAGGACGAUAAAGAAAAAUAAACUGGCAACUGAGAAUGAUAAAAUCGGCGAAUACAAUUUACCCAUUAUAAGGAAAACGAAAAAAGAAAAACCGGAUAGCGAAAUUAAAAAUCCACCUAAUCCAUUCCCUAGCGAUAGUGAGUCUGAUAACGAAUUUAAUUUCGGCGAAAGUGAUGACGAGAAAUCAACAGAAAAUGAGCGAAAAACCAAAAGAGGCGCAAGAGGUAAAGGAAAGACAAACAAGAAACUAAUUAGAAGGGAUAAUGACAGCAAUUCUGUAAGUCCCGACGGAAGUGAUGUUGAAGAUUUAAUUGAAGAUAUAAAAUUAAGCGAAUGGUAGUUCUUAAUAUGUAUGUAGUCUUGUUUAUAAUAAUUUUAAGAAAUAAAAAUAGCAAUAAGGGCUACUAGAGAAAAAACUU